CAGACGUCACAAACAAGAAGAGGGAAAUUAAUCUAAGAGGAAAUAUUUCUUUAUGCGGAAACAGCUCAAAACAAAGAGGAGUACACACCUGGAGAAACUCUGUCAGAAUCUGAAGUCUGACUCUAGACCCUCCCUCACAGAUGGAUUGUACCUGAGGACGAGCGUAAAUCGCACAGAUCUCCGCUGACCGAGCGACCGGAGGCCAUCUUGGAGAGAGACACAGCGUCUGUCCCCAGCCCUGCAGCUGCUGCUCCGGCCGGGCCCCCCUCCUGAUUCCUCCCUGCUCCCCAGCAUCAGUGCCCCCUGCUGGGCAGCAUGGAGCCUGGAGUCAGCCGGCUGCCCGUCCAGGUGCUGGGAGAGAACGAGGCACUGCAGCAGUUCUUCAGCGGUCAGGAUGUGAGUGGUGUGUUGGACAGCUCUGUCGCCGUGGAUACGAGCAUCCUGGAGCAGUACCUCAGCAACGACAUGGACCCCAACAGCUUCAUGCUCCCUGAGUCUCCUCCUGACUCGAGCUCGGAGGCCUGUUCACCUGCACAGAUACCAGACCUCCAUUACGAGCCGCCCUAUUGGUCCAACCAUCAGACGGCUCAAGGUGUUUUCCCACCCAGCACCCAGUCUGCCGCCUCUUCCUCCUGUCGCUUUAGGGAUCGAGGCUCCGCCCUUGCCCACCCUGACCUGCUGACCCAUGAUCAGCUCCGCAGUUUGGGCCUCACAAACACUUACAUCAAGUCCGGGACACGGCCCGUCCCACCUGCUGAGCCUGCCUCCCUGCACCAGCAGACACACCACUCACCUGAACACAUUCACUACCUGAGUCCAGAGACCUGCUCACAGGCUAACACUCCCCCCACGCCUCCUUCUCCGCACCUACCUCCCUCCAACAGCUACGCUGCCCCCUGCGCUGGUCCGGGUAUGGUCCCACAUUCAACCAUACCCCCUUCAACCUGUUUAGUGGGCCCUGCCUCCACACUACACACCUGCUCACCAGAGAGUAAAAAGAGGAGGAGAUCAGAGUGUGAGGAACCGUCGGCAGGAAUCGACGCCUCCUCCGGCACUGAUGGUGACAGGACUUGUGGUGGCAGUGUAGGGAACAGCUUAGGUGGUAGUGGAUUAAAUUUGGGAUCCUACCAGCUUCUGACCUGGGAACACUAUAGGCCGGGAGAGUGGAGCACUUUGUACGACAGCAACUACCAGACGCUGUCUCCUCCUGCCUAUCACGUCGACACAGACAAAGGCUUCAACUACUCUGCAGCUGACGAGGCUUUCAUCUGCCAGAAGAAGAACCACUUUCAGGUCACCAUUCACAUCGGUGUGGCCGCAGAGCCGCAGUUCGUCAGAACACCCGGCGGGACACAGGAGGUCGACCACUUCCAAAUAAAAGUGUUUGGGAUCAAGCUGGAAGCUCCGAGCCACCAGGUGACCAUCGAACAGUCUCAGCCCGACCGCAGCAAGAAGCCCUUCCACCCUGUCAGGGUCAGCCUUCCCGCUGGAAAGAUCACAAAGGUAACACUCGGCCGGCUGCACUUCAGCGAGACCACGGCCAAUAACAUGAGGAAGAAAGGAAAACCCAACCCUGACCAGAGGUACUUUCAGAUGGUGGUCGGUCUGUAUGCUGCAGUGGGAGAGGACUCUUUCCUCCUGAACGCUCUGGUGUCAGAGAGAAUCAUCGUCAGGGCUUCUAACCCUGGUCAGUUUGAGACGGACGGGGACGUCCUGUGGCAGCGUGGGGCGGUGCAGGACGUGGUGGUGUGUCAGGGUCGGGUGGGCAUCAACACCGACUCCCCUGAUGAGGCGCUGGUCGUCUGUGGCAACGCCAAGGUGAUGGGCGCCAUCAUGCAGCCGUCCGACCGCCGGGCCAAGCAAAACAUACAGGAGGUCGACUCUGAGCAGCAGCUGAAGAGAAUCACUCAGAUGAGAAUAGUCGAGUUUGAUUAUAAACCAGAAUUUGCCUCCACCAUGGGAAUGGACCACACCCACCAAACAGGUGUAAUUGCUCAGGAGGUGAAGGAGCUGCUGCCAUCAGCAGUGAAGGAAGUCGGUGAUGUCACCUGUUCUGAUGGAGAGAAGAUUCAUAAUUUCCUCAUGGUGGACAAGGAGCAGAUCUUCAUGGAGAACAUUGGGGCGGUGCAGCAGCUGUCGAAGCUCACAGACAACCUGGAGACUCGGAUCAAAGACCUGGAGGUCUGGAACCACCGACUGGCUAAACUGAAGAGCCUGACGGGCAGCCUGCGCUCCACAGGGAAGCCCAGCACUGUGCUGUCGAUGCCAAGUACCGACACAUGUAAGACUGGGAAGGUUCAGAAGGAGGGGGGCUGGAGUCAGAAAUACAGCCACUGUCUGCAGCAUAAGGUCUUCAAGGCCAGCGUCUUCACCCUGCUGGCCACCAUGGCUUUCUGCAUCAUCUCUAUCACCGCUCUUUACCUGCUGAAUUUAAAGGAGGAAAACUUUGACGUCUUUCCAGGCAGCAGUAACGGCAGCGUGCUUCCUGUGCAGACCACCACCUGGACCAGCACAGUCCAGCCAACGAGUCCAGUGGGACCCUGGCCCCCAGAUGUGAACUUCUGUGACCUGUUGUACUGCUAUCAGGUGUACUGUUGCCCUUCACCAGCAGAGGGCAGCACUGACUUCAACGUCACCACCUCUGAACCAGCUGGAGCAGAAACGCCCGAAAUGACACACAAUACAUACGUGAACACGAUCACAGAAAGAAGAAAAACACUUUAUCAGAAGCUGAAAAGUGCCAAAGACUGGACGAACACCACAAUCCAUUCUUUCACGAUUAAAGAGAACCAGCAGGUGAUUGACAGCAAAUACUGUCUAAGAGACGAGUGUGGGCCAGGCAGAUACGCCUACCGAGUUCCCAUCAGCCAGUUUGUCCCAGUCAACAUGAGAGUCACCCUGCUCAUGAAUUCCACGGAGCUGCUGGUCGUCCACCUGUGCAGUUUUGAUGAGUCGGCGACCUGCUCUGCUCUGCUGGAUAUAAACACUGUGACAGGCAGCAGAUACCCGUCCAACACACAGGGAGAACAUGAAUGGCCUCUUCACGUGGCUCGACUUUAUCACAGCUCCUAUCACUUCCGCUCCAGCGUGGCUGGUCAAGCUGACUGCAGUACUGACCAUCACUACGAGGGACUGCUCUACACUGACUACAUCUUCCACUUCUACAGACGGUGCACAGACUCAUAGACAUUAAACUAAAAAUACUAAAUGUUAACAUAUUAAAUGCAAAUAUAUUAAAUAUUAGUUUUAUCCUUAUAAAGAUGAAAAUUAGAGACACUGAAGCAGACUGUCAUCACCUCUGCUGUUAGGUUUUUUUAUGUGGGGUUUUUUUUUUGUAAUAUAAAUAAUUUUUGCUCAUUUAUUAAACUGCGUUGAGCUGACAGAGGACAGAGACCAACACAGAGACAUCACCACUGAACUGAGGAAAAGAUUAGGUCAAGGUUUAUCCCUCAUGAUUCCCUUCAUCAACACCCAGUAGAAGAUUUAUCAAAGAUUAAUCUGCUGCACUUCAGAUGCUGUUAUUUACUAAACUGACAGUUAUGUAGAGAAAUCAGUAAAUGAAGCUCUGACACUGAUUCAGGAUGUUUGUGUAAUUCAUUAGACUGAAUGAUUUGUUAGUCUUGGUUUUUAGUUAUUAGUCCAUUAUUGUGGCAUUUGUAGAUUUUUCUGUGAAGUACUUCCUGUAUCUCAGGUUUAUGAAACAGGAUUACAUCUAUGUGAAAACAUCAAUCUCUGAAUUCCAAGAAAACUUUGAGAUCUACAUCAGAUUUCUCUAAACAAAGCCUGAAUUUUAAUCUUGUAAUUCAGACUUUCACACCAUGUUUCUAAAUCCUGAAAUUUAUCUCAGAUUCUACCUAAAAUUAAGUCUUUAAGAAAAUCAAAUCAUAGACUGUUUUAGACGACCGUAAUCACAGAACCAAAGUAAAUGACAAGAUAGAAAAACACAGCACAUUCAUGUUAAAAAUAAAAAAGCCUUUAAACACUGGAGCAGUAAUUUAAGAGCCGCUGCUGUAAACUCCAGCAGUAACAACAGUUUUCUGACUGAAGCAAAAUGUUAAAGUUACUUGUUAAACACCGACACUGAUAAAGUUUGAGUCAUUUCUGAGUGUGAACCUGUUAAAUUGAGUCUUUUCUAUGUGACUGAAUCCUGCUCUGCUUUAUGUGUAAUAACAGCUAAUGAACAGCGAGGUCGUUUAAUAAAAUGUUUUUUAAAAAAC